GGGGAGAGCGUGACGUCAGAAGGGCCAGGCCAAAACAACAUCAGAAACCACAACAAAACAAAUCCAUCAUUGAUCGAUUGCUCGAGGCUGCGAGCACGUUGUUCUUCAUCGUCAAGGAUCCGCUCCCAAGGGUCAAGUGCGUGUCAGACAUAGUUUCGUCAUGACUAAGAAUAAGAAAGAUGGAGCCAAUCUGGGUCGGAGUCUGAUUCGGAAGCGAGAUCGCCGUUUAGCCGUUUCCGGCCGCCACACCACGGAAGAAGCCACUGGCACGAGCGUGUCCGUCACCGAGAACACGUCCGUCGAAGAGUUCUUGAGCAAUGCUGCUGCGGCUCAACGGAGUUUUAACGCCGAACGCGGUCAGAUGCGGAUCGUCCAACACGAGGAUGAACUCGACGAUAUCCAAGAGAUCGAGGACGACGACGAGGAGCUCUCGGACGAGGAUGAGGGUCAGGCAGAUCAAGUGGACGAGGACGAGGACUUUGUGUUCAGUUCAGUGCCUAAGAAACCGGAUUGGCGGACUGCGGGCACCAAAGAGGACUACCGCCAGUUGGAACAGACCGAGUUCCUCCGAUGGAAACGCUAUUUGGCCAAACUCCAAGCCACUCGUCCCAAUUUGCCGCCCUUUGAGAAGAACUUGGAUUUUUGGCGACAGUUGUGGAAGAUUGUGGAGAUGAGCGAUGUGGUAGUGCAAGUGGUGGAUGCACGAGACCCGCUCUUCUUUCACAGUCAAGAUCUGUCGGAUUACGUCAAGGAAGUGGGUGAAUGGAAGCAGAGUGUCAUUCUGCUCAACAAGGCCGAUUUCCUGACCUUCGACCAACGAGCCACUUGGGCGGCCUACUUCAAGGAGAGCGAUAUGAAAACCCUCUUCUUCUCGGCCAUGGAGGACGAGGCACCCGAUCAGACGGGUCUGGACUCGGACGAGGAGCUAUGCUUCAAUCGGGCCCGGAUCCUGAGUCCACAAGAAGUGCUGCAGACCCUCCAAGCCCAAAGCUCGGCCUCGCCUCUCACCGUAGGCUUCCUGGGUUACCCCAAUGUGGGCAAGAGUUCCACGAUCAAUCGUUUUUUGACCAACACCCGCCUCCAAGUGUCUGCUACGCCCGGUAAGACCAAGCACUACCAGACUCACGUGCUCAAGGGCGAGGUCAUCUUGGUCGACGGACCGGGCUUGGUCAUCCCCAACUUGAACAUGACCAAAGCCGAUAUGGUACUGGCCGGGAUCUUGCCCAUCGACAACCUGACGGAUUAUUUGACCAGCGUGGACCUUCUCAUGACCAAAUUGCCCUUCCAUUACAUCCAGACACACUACGGGAUCAUGCCGUUUUCCGUACGCGAAGCCAAGAAGCACGAGCGCAAAUCCGAAAGUAUGCAGAUUCUUUCGGCCUACGGGCUCAUGCGCGGCUUCAUGAAGCCGGGAGGCGUGCCGGAUCAAGCCCGGGCAGCCCGCGUGAUGCUCAAGGACUAUGUCCUAGGCAAGCUCUUGUACUGUCAAGCGCCGCCCAACAUGACGCGUGAGGCGUAUCAGCCCUCGUUGGCCGAGGCUCGCGUCAACGUGAUCGAUGAAUACGAACUGUCCAUCGUGGAUUCGUUCCCCGAAUUGAAAGUAUCGGCCGGAUUCCACGUGCGAGGUGUUAAAGCCGGAGCCAAGAAAGAGCGCAAACGCAAAGAAAAAGUCCGCCGGAUACACAAAGAUCCCUUUAACAUACACGGAUAUGCCAAAGUGAGUGGCGCUGACAAACUCGAUUUGUGUCGCAAAUACUUCCUGGGCGGAUUCGCCCUCCUGCCCUUUCUCUGGGCCGUGAAUGCAGUCUGGUUUGCUUCAUUGGCCUUUCGCGCGCCGCCCUUUGCUGAACAGAAGGCCAUCCGGCAGUACGUGCUGGCCUCGGCCGUCGGCGCCGGUCUCUCCUUGUUGGUCUUGAUCGUGUGGAUCAAUGCUGCGGCUGCCAGUAAUGUGCCCGCCUUUUUGGCCAAGUUGUGGAAGAUGGUCGAUGAUCCCGAGACGAAUCAUCUGAUUGAGUGGAACGAUGAAGGACACAGUUUCUUGAUCCACAAUCAAGCGGAAUUUGCUCAGUCCUUAUUGCCAUAUUACUACAAGCAUUCGAAUAUGGCCUCGUUCGUCCGGCAGUUGAAUAUGUACGGCUUUCACAAGGUGGUGGGCGUGGAGACGGGCGGUCUCAAGAGCGAGCGACAAGAGGAGAUGGAGUUUGCCCACGACUUCUUCCGUCGAGGAAUGGAAUUCCUCUUGGAUAAGAUAAAGCGCAAGGUCUCGAAUAACAAGGCCACCCAUUAUGCCCCAGCUAUGAAAAGUGAGCGCGUCAAUGAGGUACUGAACGAAGUCAGCGUCAUCAAAGACCGACAGGAGGAUCUCGACGGCAAGUUGGACACCAUGAAGAAGGAGAACGAGGCCCUCUGGCGAGAAGUGGUCACUUUACGGCACAAGCAUCAAAGUCAACAGAAGAUUGUCAACAAGCUCAUCCAGUUCCUGGUGGGCAUGGUUCAGCCUCGCAUGGGCGGAGCCGUCAAGCGACGUUACCCAAAUCAACUUGCAAUUCAAGACACCUACCCUUCCGGGGGAAAGGAACCCAAGUUGGAUAUGAGUGGUGAGAACUCACCCCCGAGUGAUGGUCCCAUUAUCCGCGAUGUCACCCACGAAUCCCAGCCUUCGUCAAAUCGCAAGUCGACUGGCCUCAAGCUCAACACGAGUGUGUCGCCAGAAUUCAUGAAUUCUCUCUCGCAACUUCAGCAAAGCGGCCAUGGCGCGGCUAAUUUGAGCGAUGGGACGGUCAAUGUGGAAUUGCCCGAGACGCCCGAGCCUCAAAUGAGCUUGGCCUCCACGACGGGUUCACUCUCGCCUUACACCUCCAGCAAGAUGACUCGAUCUAUAUCGCCCAUGACGGUGGGUAUGGAGGCCGUGGAUCCCAAAUUGGUGAACCCGGCCAUCACGAGCAGUAACCACCAGGCAACCAUGAUGAGUGCACCCACGCAAACCACCCCGAAACGGAACAAGACCACCUUGACACCUCAAAACCUGAACUCAACCCAGAAAGGGGAGCCUAUGAGCAAGGCCGUCACGCCCACUCGCACGCCCAACCGCCCUACACUCACCCGAGAGAUCUCGCGCGAAGACAUUGACACGGAUAUGACUAUGACCACAAAGGACUUGGACAACCUUAAAGACAUCCUGUCCGGGCAAAUCACACUCGACCCCAACCUGAUCACGAAUAUUUUCAACCCCGAGGAUUCAUUUUCAAGCUUGUAUCCAAACGUGGCGAAUGAUUUCCCCUUGCAAUUUGAUCUGGGCUCGCAAGACGGCGACGCCUUCUCGUCCAUGUCCAAUAUUCCCGCCAUUGAGGAUAAUCACCAUGAAGUGCAAAGACUUAUGGCCGGAGACGAAGAGGCUCCCGUCGAUAUUGAUGACAGUAUGUUGAACACGCCCAAAGUAGGCCAGGAUUCACUGACGAUGUCCCGGUUGAUCGUCAAGAACUUGGCAUCCAGCCUCAACGAGAAGAAAUUGCGAGAGACGUUCAGCUCGUUGGGCGGGCAAAUCACCGAUGUCCAACUCAAAUACACGCCCGAAGGCAAGUUCCGACAUUUCGGAUUUGUGGGCUUCAGCCGUGAGGAAGAUGCCCAAAAGGCCCAGGCCCAUUUCCACAAGAAUUUCUUGAAUGGCUCCAAGAUUCACGUGGAAAUAUGCGCGGACUUGGGCGAUGAGAACAAACCGCGAGCUUGGAGUAAAUACGCCCCCGAUUCAUCCGCCUCCAUUCAAAGGAAAAAGUCGGAAGCCGACGAGAAGAAAGAAGGGAACACUGAAGAGGACGAGCGCAAAAUUAGGAAGGCUAAGAGAGCCCAGAAGAAGGCCGAGAAGAAGGAGCAAGCCCAAGCCUUACUGGACAAGUAUAGCCAAGAUCCCAAGUUUCAGGAGUUUAUGCGAAUUCAUAAGCGAAACGCCACCGAAGGCGUUUGGAAUAAUGACAACAUGUUAGAGGUGGCGCAGAGUUUCGAGGCUGAGCAAAAACAGGAAGAGGAUUCAACCCUCGCAGACGAAAAAGAGGCUGAGGAUGAGGAACCCACCGAACCAUUGGAAGACGAAGAAACCGAAGCCAAGGAAGCCAGCAAUAAGGCCUUGUCCGAUUUGGAUUACCUCAAGACCAAGCAAGAAAGUGAUGAUGCUCAAGCGACUGAGGAAGUCAAGGCGCCAAAGGCCAAGGCCGAGAAGCCCAAAAAGGAGCCCAAGAAUGAGAUCUAUUUCACCGUCAAGUUGUCGGGCCUACCUUUGAAGUGCAAAAAGAAGGACCUGAAGGCAUUUCUCAAACCUCUAAAGGCCAAAUCGAUUCGUCGCCCACCUCAUGUAGGUGGAAUCGCCUAUAUCGGGUUUGCCACAGUCGAAGAGCAAAAGAAGGCCUUAAUUAAACACAAAAGUUUCAUCCAAGGGCACCAGAUUAUGGUGAAAAAAUACGAAAAGGUCAAGGAGAACGUCGAUGUUGAAGCCAAAUGGAAAGAACAAGAAGACGGCUUGAAAAAUGAGGAAACAUUGGCCGAAUCCGGCCGACUGUUUCUUCGUAAUCUCUCCUAUGGCAUCGUGGAAGAAGACCUAGAAACGCUUUUCAAGCCUUAUGGUCCGUUGGCCGAAGUGAAUAUGCCCAUAGAUCGAAUCACACGAAAACCCAAGGGAUUUGCCUUUAUCACCUAUGUAAUUCCCGAAAACGCCACUCAAGCUUACACAGCGUUGGAUGGAUCUUCGUUUCAAGGUCGAUUGCUCCAAAUCCUACCCGGGAAGUCCAAGCCUUCCGUAGAAGAACUAGCCAAUGCUGAAGGACUGACCUUCAAACAGAAGAAGGCUCUCAAAGAAAAGGCCCAGGCCAGUUCCAGUCAUAAUUGGAACACGUUGUUCUUGGGCACUUCCGCCGUGGCCGAUCUCAUGGCCCAGAAAUAUAACAUGAGCAAGAGUGAUGUGCUCACCGGAGAUGGAAAGCAAUCGGCCGCGGUGCGCUUAGCUUUGGGAGAGACCGAGAUCGUGGCGGAAACGCGAAGGUUCCUCGAGGACGAGGGCAUCUCGUUGGAUGCCUUUAGCCGACCUCCUCAAGAGCGAUCUAAAACUGUGAUUCUGAUUAAGAACUUGCCCGCCGGAACACAGCCCAUUGAAAUCAGAGACAAAUUCGCCAAAUUCGGUGAGCUUGGACGAGUGGUCUUGCCUCCCCAUGGGAUUACGGCCAUAGUGGAGUAUCUCGACCCGUCCGAGGCGAGAAAAGGCUUCCGUGGUUUGGCUUAUUCGAAAUUCCACAACACGCCUCUUUAUCUCGAAUGGGCGCCUCAGAAUUCCUUCACCCGAGAAGCCUUGCCGAAAGAAGAGCGCAUGUCGUCGGGAACCGCUCAAGACGACGAUGAUUCCGGAGUGGAUACGAGAAACGACGUGGAUGAGGCUUUUGAACCAGAAGACGACACUACCCUGUUCGUCAAGAACCUGAAUUUCUGCACAACGGAUGAGGAGCUCAAGAGUUUUUUCGCCAAGAUCGGGCCCAUACAUUCGGCCACCAUCUCCAAGAAGAAAGACCUCAAACGACCGGGAGAGAUGCUUUCCAUGGGUUACGGUUUCGUUCAAUUCAAGCUCAAGUCGUCAGCGGAGAGGGCCUUGAAGAACCUUCAGCACAAGAUGUUGAACGACCAUUGUCUGGAAUUGAAGCGAUCCACGAGAGCCACCACUUCUAACGAUCAGGUUCAGACCACUCGCAAGCAGAACGUGAACGCGCAAGAUCCCACUAAAUCCGGUACGAAGCUCAUGGUUCGGAAUGUGCCUUUUGAGGCCCAUCAGAAGGAAAUUGAGGACGUUUUCAAGACAUUUGGCGAACUGAAGUCUGUUCGAUUACCCAAAAAAGUGACGGGCUCUCAUCGAGGGUUCUGUUUCAUUGAAUACGGCACGAAAUCUGAUGCCAAAAAGGCGUUUGAGGCCCUUUGCCAUAGUACGCAUUUGUACGGAAGACGUCUAGUUUUGGAAUGGGCGGAAAACGAGGACACGGUCGAGGAUUUGAGGCGGAAAACUGCCUCGCAUUACGUCGAGGGUGCGCCAGCCAAUAAACGCUUGAAAAAAUCCGAAUUUCAGGAAUCCAUCGCACUUGAAACCCCCUAAACAUUUACUGUCCUUUUGUUGGGAAGAUGAAAUACAAGAAUAUGAAUAAUU